AUGCCGUCAAUGCGAUUACCACGCGCAUUCCGCUCCCCGGCGCAAAUCAAUGCUGAGGAGAGCACAAACGGUCACCCAGAAACCGGACGCGGGAAAACCGCACCCACUGAAGCGGAAAAUGGGAACGGAAAUGAGAAAAAGUCCCAAGAGCCUAACAAAGAACCUGUAGGCUUCUGGCACCCAGAUCUCCGACAAGUCCGCAACCGCGCAUUUGCGAAAUGGAUCAUUACGACCUCGUUUCUCAUGGCAUUUGUUCUCGCUGUUCUAUCGAUAUACUGGGGCGUCUUUUUUCAAGUGGAGCAAAGACUCGAUCACUUGCUGGUUUAUGUCGUAGAUAUGGAUGGUGCCACACCAUACGAUAGUACUGGGAAUGCGCCAUUCGUCGGACCAGCCAUUAUGCAACUUGUCCAACAACAACUAAGCAGUGGCCAGCCGACACUAGGCUGGGGAAUCCGCCCAGCCUCAGAUUUCAACAACGACCCAAUGCGUGUCCGGGAGGCAGUGUACGAAUGGGAUGCCUGGGCCGCCAUUGUCAUCAACCCCAACGCCAGCGCCUUGCUGUACUCUGCCAUUGCGAACGGAAACUCAUCUUACGAACCCCUUGGAGCCUGCCAAUUGAUCUACCAGGACUCGAGAGACGAUACAAAUUGGUACGAUUUCAUGCUGCCACUCAUCAGCGCUUUCAUGACGGAAGCGCAGAGCAUGGUCGGCAGGCAGUGGGCGCAGAUGGUGCUUCAGAAUGCCAGCGACCCAUCUAUCCUAUCAAACAUGCAAAGUGUGCCGCAAGCGAUUAACCCCGCAAUCGGAUUUUCUGAAUUCAAUCUUAGGCCGUUCUUCCCUUAUACUAGUAUUCCUGCUGUUUCCAUCGGUCUCAUUUAUCUCAUAAUCAUAUCCUUCUUCAGCUUCUCCUUCUAUAUGCCCAUCCACAUGCAAUACGUCACGCCUACCAACCACCCACCGCUGAAAUUCUCCCAGCUGAUCGUCUGGCGCUGGUGCGCUACCAUCUCAGCGUACUUCAUGCUCUCCCUCGCCUACUCUUUUGUCAGUAUGGCUUUUCAAAUCAACUUUUUUCACACCAACUCGAUCACUAGUCAUACUCAGGCUACUGUCGAGAGCGAAGGCAAUCCAGUGGCUUUUGGACACGCAACGUUCGCUGUGUACUGGAUGCUGAACUUUCUUGGUAUGAUUGCGCUAGGUCUGGCAUGUGAGAAUGUUGCUAUGGUUGUGGGUAUGCCGUGGAUGGGUCUGUUUUUGAUCUUCUGGGUCAUCACAAAUGUCUCUACUUCGUUCUACGACAUUGAGAUUGCACCGGCGUUUUACAGGUGGGGAUAUGCGUGGCCACUACAUUCUAUUGUCGAAGGAAGUCGCUCGAUUCUGUUCGACCUUCAUUCGCGUCUUGGUCUGGACUUUGGCAUUCUAAUUGCGUGGGGAGCAAUGAAUACACUGUUCUUUCCUUUCUGCUGUUAUUUUAUGCGGUGGAAAAACCAGAAGGGAAUACACGAGUACUGGCCUCUGGAUUAA